AUGUGUUUGGGUGAAGAGUGUGGCGUAUCUGGCACAUUGGUGGGCUGGUGGGGCCGAGGAUGCGACAUCCUCAUCUUCUACAGCCCAGAUGCGGAGGAAUGGUGCCAGUACCUACAGGACCUUUUCGUGUCAUGCCGUCAGGUUCGCAGCCAGAAGAUGCAGACAUACCGGCUGGGCCCGGAUGCUUCCUUCUCUGCCGAGGACCUGCUGGUCUUCCGGAAUGCACGGUGCAUGCUGGUGCUACUGUCUGCGGGGCUGGUGGAAUGCUUCUGCCGGCCGGGACUGCUGCCAAUGCUGCAGCGUGCCUUCCACCCUCCACGGCGUGUGGUGCGGCUGCUGUGUGGAGUGCAGUCCAGAGAUGAGAACUUUCAGGCCUUCUUUCCCGAAUGGGAGCACUGGCAGGAGCUCACCUGUGAUGAUGAGCCAGAGACCUACCUGGCGGCCGUGAGGAAAGCCAUUUCUGAAGAUUCUGGCUGUGACUCAGUAACUGACACGGAGCCUGAGGACGAGAGAGUUCUUCCUCUCUCAAAGCAGACAAACCGGCCUCCGGAGAUACCGUCUGGGAACCUGAUGGUGGUGCAGCCGGACCGCAUUCGCUGUGGGGCAGAAACCACUGUGUAUGUCAUUGUGAGAUGCAAGCUGGAUGAGAAGGUGGCGACAGCAGCAGAGUUUUCUCCCGAGGACUCGCCCUCCAUCCGGGUGGAAGGGACACUGGAGAAUGAGUACACGGUUUCGGUGAAGGCUCCAGACCUCUCAUCUGGCAGUGUUUGUCUGAAGGUCUAUUCUGGGGACUUGGUGGUUUGUGAAACCACCAUCAGCUAUUAUACUGACAUGGAGGAAAUUGGGAACUUAUUGUCCAGUGCUGCAAAUCCAGUGGAGUUCAUGUGUCAGGCUUUUAAAAUUGUGCCCUACAACACAGAGACUCUUGAUAAACUGCUCACGGAGUCCCUGAAGAACAACAUCCCUGCAAGUGGACUGCACCUCUUUGGGAUCAACCAACUGGAAGAAGAAGAUAUGAUGACAAAUCAGAGGGAUGAAGAGCUACCCACCCUGUUGCAUUUUGCUGCAAAGUAUGGGCUGAAGAACCUCACCGCCUUGUUGCUCACCUGUCCAGGGGCUCUCCAGGCAUAUAGUGUGGCCAACAAGCAUGGCAACUACCCCAACACCAUUGCCGAGAAACAUGGCUUCAGGGACCUGCGCCAGUUCAUCGACGAGUAUGUGGAGACUGUGGACAUGCUGAAGAGCCACAUUAAGGAGGAGCUGAUGCAGGGUGAGGAGGCCGAUGAUGUGUACGAAUCCAUGGCCCACCUGUCCACAGACCUCCUCAUGAAGUGCUCCCUCAACCCUGGCUGCGAUGAGGAGCUCUACGAGUCCAUGGCUGCCUUUGCCCCAGAGGCUACAGAAGACCUCUAUGUUGAAAUGCUUCAGGCCAGUGCAGGUAACCCAGGCUCUGGAGAAAGUUUCUCUCGGCCCACUAAGGACUCAAUGAUCCGCAAGUUCCUAGAAGGUAACAGCGUGAAAUCAGUCGGUUUGGAGAGAGCGCAGUACCAUUCCCAGAGGGAAGAUAUUUAUCACACUGUGGAUGAAGAUGAGACCUUUUCUGUGGACCUGGCCAACAGACCCCCUGUCCCUGUGCCCAGGCCAGAGGCCAGUGCUCCUGGCCCUCACCCCCUACCAGACAAUGAGCCAUACAUUUCUAAAGUUUUUGCAGAAAAAAGUCAGGAGCGGCUCGGAAAUUUCUAUGUUUCUUCAGAGAACAUCAGAAAAGAGCCACCGGUGAGGCCAUGGAGGGACAGGCCCCCAUCGAGCAUCUACGACCCAUUUGCUGGGAUGAAAACACCAGGCCAGAGGCAGCUCAUUACCCUGCAGGAGCAGGUGAAGCUGGGCAUUGUCAAUGUGGACGAGGCUGUACUGCACUUCAAAGAAUGGCAACUCAACCAGAAGAAACGAUCCGAGUCCUUUCGCUUCCAGCAGGAAAAUCUUAAAAGACUAAGAGACAGCAUCACCCGACGACAGAGAGAGAAGCAGAAAUCGGGAAAGCAUGCAGAUCUGGAGAUCACAGUCCCCAUCCGGCAUUCUCAGCACCUGCCUGGAAAAGUGGAGUUUGGAGUUUAUGAGAGCGGCCCCAGAAAGAGCGUGUUUCCGCCCAGGACAGAGCUGAGACGUGGAGACUGGAAGACAGACAGCACAUCAAGCACAGCAAGCAGCACGAGUAACCGAUCGAGUACGAGGAGCCUCCUCAGUGUGAGCAGUGGGAUGGAGGGAGACAAUGAGGAUAAUGAAGUCCCUGAAAUUACUCGAAGUCGUAGCCCAGGUCCUACCCAAAUGGAUGGAGCACCUGCUGUGACCGGAACACCAGUCAUGACCCUUGAGAGGCCCCCCAGGGUACCUCCUCGAGCUGCCUCACAGAGGCCUCUAACCCGGGAGCCCUUCCCUCCUCCCCCACCAGUUCCUCCCAGAGGUCGCUGAUACCACCUUCUAAAUGUACUUCACGACUUUUAAGACUGGCAAUUUUCAGCCUGUUAAUGGAGUCUUCAUAUUGACUAUUCUGCAUGACUAAGGACCUUGAGAUCCGCCAUCACCGCUGAUGUUGCAGCCCUGCUGGUUUGGGUGUUCCUUCCUUGAAGACAUUAAAGCAUGGUGAAAUCUGAGACUAAGAACUUUGUUCAACACCGCCAAGUAUAUUGGUUCACAUUCUUGUUUGUCAAAAGAAUGAAGACUCUGUCAAAAUACUUACCUCUUAUGUCCUGUAGCAAGAGCCUAACGGGAUUGAUGAAAAUGUACUUAACAUAUGAAUGUGCUGUAGUAAACAUAUAUUAGUCCAUACAUACCUGCUCUAGUUUCUAGAAGUGAUCAUGACACUUCCAGUAGAAGAAGUGUCCUAACUUUGAAGUAUUUCUUCCACAUUUCUAUGUAUGUGCUAGGGCUGGUCACAGACAAAAAGCAGCAAAUGAUUUUAGAAAGGGGUUAAACCAGAUUCCUUUUCCACUGUAGGCAUCUGGGGUCCCCCAGAAGUAUGGAACUAAGAGAACUCUGGUGGUUCUAUGUUAUCACACCCCCCCUUACAUGUGUAUGUGUGUGGUGUGCGUGUGUGUUUGUAUGUUUGUGGAGACUAGGGGCAAUGUUGGAAGUCUUCAUCAACCACUCUCCAUCUCUUCACCAAGGCAGUGUCUCAACUGAACUCAGAUUAUUGAUACAGCUAGUCUCGCUUGCUCCAGGAAUCCUGUCUCCACUCUCCUGGUGCUGGAAUUGCAGGCCGGUUGCUGUGCCCCCUUGACAUCUGUGUGGAAGCUGGGGAUCUGAACUCAGGUCCUCAUGCUUGAACAGCAAGCACUUUAUCUACUGACCCGUUUGCCCAGCCCCUGUCACCACAUUUUCUCUCUCUAACGAGUCAAUCCUCUUUUCUUUUAAGAGCCCUCCCCCCCCCAAAUGUGGAAAUAUAACCAUACCUGACUAUCAGCCUUCCAGAAUUUCCUUCUUACAUGUCAUCCAGGCAUGGGACCUCCAGUUUGGGCAUUUAUACCUCAGUCUGCUGUCAAACGAGUCAUGUUCCCAGAAACCACUGAAAAUGGUCAGAUACAGAAUUUUGAGGUACCAGGUUGUCCAUCUAUAAAUCUGUGGCCUUUAUAGUUCUGGCCGUAAAGAAAGAGAAGAACCCUUGACGUUUUUUCUCUUGAGGAGCCUGAAGUGGUGGAAGAAAAAAAGCUAAAAUAUUUUCUUCCAGACUUACUACUGUUACUCUAUAUAGUUAUUAUCAGGCCUGGUAAAUCUGUACAGAGAGCAGAGAACUGUAACCAUGUUAUGAAUUUUGAGUUCCUGUUAUAUAUAUCUACCUUCAAAUCACAGAUCUUUAAUCUCACAUAUGCAUUCAGUGGAAUUAUCAGAAGUGUUUCUUUUAAAGUACAGGUAAUAUGCUUGUUUCUCAUGAGUUCAUUGUCUAACCCCACAUAGAUAUUAUUAUUAUUAUUGAUCUGCUCCAGUGUAUUCUUGCUGGGUCAUUUUCUCAUAAUUAAAUGUUCUCCUUCAAUCUCA